AUGCCAUCAUCAUCGUCGUCAUCAUCAUCAACAUCAUCAUCAUCAACAACAACAACAACGAAUAGAGUAAUGAAUAAUGGUCAUCGUAAACGAAAUGGAUCAUCAUUAUCAAAUAUUAAAAAAAUACGUCGAUCUGAAUUAGUAAAGAAUUCGAAAGAUGAACGACCAAGUCGACCAUCAUUAUCGAAUUCGAAUUCAUUAAAUAAUAUUACAGAAGAAUAUUCAUUAACAACAGAAAAUAAUCGAUCUUCAACAUUAAGACCAUUUGGUGAUUCAUAUGAUAAUAAUAAUAGCGAUAUUAGACGAGAUUUAAAUUCAAAUAAACGAGAAAUUGGUUCAACUGAAAAUACAUCUAAUUCAAUAAAUAAAAAAGCAACAGCAUUAUCAUUAAUUGUUAAAUCAACAAUACUUAAUAAACAAGAUGGAUUACAAACUAAUCUCGUACCAUCUUAUGAUAGUGAUGAAGAAUUAGAUAAAACAAAACAAAAUUCGAAUAAAAUUUUACCAAUGGUUGUCACACCUAUUAUUACAUCAUCGAAUUUAGCAAAACAAACAUUACGUUCGGAUAAUAAUAGUGUUAUUAUUCAACAAGCAAAUGGUAAAUCGAAUUUAUCAGCAAAAAUAUUCAAAGUAGUUGUACCACAAGCAAUUAAAAUGCUUACAAAUGGUGAUGGACUUUCAUCAGCUUUACGUAUUCCAACAAAAAUUCAACUAACAAAAACAUCAUCACCAAUUUUUGCAAUUAAUCAAGAACAAUUAAAUGAUCAACAUCAAAUAUUAUCAGCAACAACAAUUGAUAUAAGAGAAAAACAGCAAUCAGUUGUUGAUUAUCCAUUAACACCACCACCACCACCAUCAUCUAUAAUUGAUAUUGGAAAUACAAAUCCUCAUUUAUUAAAACAAGAUUCAAUAAAAGAAUCUACUAUGGUUAAUAAUAAAGGUAUGAAAGAAAUCGAUUCAACUAUAUCUAAACGUCAUUCAUCAUUAUUAUCCGAUUGGACUGUUCCACCAACGAGUGAAUUAUCACCAACAUCUUUAACAUCAUCAUCACCUGAUUUAUCUCAAAAUAAUAUCAUAUCUGAUGAUUCGAUUGUUGAACUUGAUUUAAAAAAUAAUCGAUCAUCAAUAAAUCGUCGUUAUCGUUCAUUAUCGUUUUCUUCUCCUGUAUUAGUCAAUGUUGUUGAACAAAUUAAACCAAUAACACCACCAUAUAAAUCCAAAUCAUUACCACGUAUUACUAAUGUAACAAAUAAAAAACUUCGAUCAAUAACACCUAUUGUGACAUAUUCUUCGAUUCAACGUUUAAAAAAACGACGAAAAGAUGGUCAAUUUUAUUUGAAAAAUCAAUUUUAUGCGAAAAGAUCAAAAUUAAAAAGUAAAAAUGAUGAUGAAAAUAAUAUAGUUAUUAUUCGAGAUAUUUUAAAUAAUAUGAUCGAACAAGUUCAAUUAAUAAAUAUUCAUAAAGAUAAUAGAUUGAAAAUAUUAGCCAAUAAACCUACAAUACCAAUCAAUGUAACAACGAAUACAAUCGAAGAAUCUCGUUCGAUAAUAACAACAUCAAAUGAAGUAAAACAAAAUAAAGUUAAAGAACGUAUGAAUGAAAUAAAUCAUCAAGAGGAGACUAAUAAUUACAAAACCAUGCCUCAACAACCUCAAGUACCAAUUCAACAAGAAAAUUAUUCUUCAUUAUUAUCAUAUGAUCCAAAUAAUAAUAAUUCAUCAAUUGAAUUAAACCGUCAAACAUCAACACCAUUAUCAUUUCAUUCAAUACCGCCAUCAUCAUCUUCGUCAGCAAUCGAUGACCAAUCAUUAACAUCUCCUCACAGUCAAUCAAUAGUUUCAAAAACACAUAUAUUUACUGAUAUAGUUAAUGAAUUAAUAAAAGGUGCCAAAGGUUUAGAUAAAUUAUCAUGUUCAUUAGUAACAUUUACAAAUUCUAUACAUGAUUUUAUUCGAUUAACAGUAGAAAAACAAAAUGAAAAAAUUGAAAAUUUUCAAAAAGAAUUAGAAAAAAAAUGUUCAUCACAAUUAAAUCGUGCAAAUAUUUUUUGUUUAAAAAAAAUUCAAUAUUUUACUAAUAAACAUUCUCUUAUAUCAACUAAUGAAUAUAUUGAAGAAAUAACAUUACUUGUAAAAUAUUUUUAUCUCUAUGUAUUAAUACUUAAUUGUCGAAAACAAGAACAUGAAAUUGAAUUAAUAUUAAAUGAUUUACUUAAUGGAAAAUUAACAUUUAUUAAUGAAUCAUUUGAUUCACCAGUAAUAACAACAACUAUUGAAGAUAUUAUGUCAUCAAAAUUAGCAAAUGAUUAUCUUCUUUCACAACCAUUGAUUAUUAAUCAAACUGAACAUUCAUUACCAUUUAUAUGUAAUACAGAAUUGGAAAAUGAGUUAUUGUUCAAAAAUGAAACAUCGUCAACAAUGAAUCCAUUUUCUGAUUUAAAUGAUUUAGAAGAUUAUUUAAAUCGUUGUGAACAUAUGUCAACAACCAUUCCACACUAUCCUGUUCAACAGCAACCUCCUCCUCCUCCUGUUACCUAUCAUCCACGUUACUCUCAUCCUUCAGCUUCGGCUCAAUAUUAUUAUCCUUCACCACAACCACAAGACAUGACUCCUUAUUACUAUCAUCCUAAUACAUCUGCUUAUCCAAAUUCCCAACAACAACAACCAUAUCCAUAUAAUCAUCCAUCAUGUUAUUAUAAUCCAUUAAAUUCAUAUGGAACAACAUAUAAUACAAAUGAACAGUAUAAUUUUUAUUACAAUCAACAAACAUCAUAUUCACAUUCACAUCCGAACAGUACAAAUGACAUUCCAUCAUUAAAUAAUCAUCAAUCAUAUCGACGAAUGAAUUCAAAUAUACGAAGACAAUAUAGCAAUCCACCACAAGAAAAUCAAAUAACACCAACUGGAUUUGAUACUUGCAAUAAUAUUUCACCACAGUCGAAAUCAACAGUAGUCCCAAGUAAUAUGUAUGCACCAUAA